AUGGCAUGCACGGACCAUCAAGUCGUGUAUCCUGAUACGCGGGGCUGCGACGCAACAGUCGCACCCACGGACAUUCAGCCAGCAUUCCCCACUUUCCUCCCUCGCCCCUUCGCGUCUUCUCAGAACUGCUACAUUUCUUUGGAGAAUGCGUCACGCACAAAUGUGAUGAUCUCCGCCGACCCGAGCUCCCUUUGCUAUCGAUUCUUUAACGCAUCGUCGAUGAGGAGAUUGCGAGCGAAAUUGCGAGCGAAAUUUCGGCGGUGGAAACAGCACCGGACCGGCGACAAUUCGCCGGAAAUUUCUCAUCAGCAGGAGACAAGCCUGCCUGGUCCUGCAUCGCGUCACGACACAGACCUCCGAUCACCCUCUGAAAGCACUCAAGUUCCCUACUUUCCGGACGGAGUUGAAGUUCUACACGACUGCCGCGAUGCCACGAUCGACAUCUGCUUUGUCCACGGCCUAAGUGGCAAUCGGGACAGCACCUGGACUGCCAAGGGACAGUCCACACCCUGGCCCGAGGCGUUCCUACCUCUGAAGCUCACCAGCGCUCGCAUACUCACGUACGGCUACGACGCGUAUAUCGUGCGGAAAUCGGUCGCAUCGACAAAUGGGCUGAUCGAUCAUGCCAAAAACCUCUUGAACGACCUGUCGACAGACAGAGCCUGGUCCAAUGUGUCCUCUCGGCCGCUAGUCUUCGUUGCUCACAGCCUGGGCGGCCUCGUCUGCAAGGAAGCCGUUCUGCUCUCCCGAAACAACCCCGAAUCACAUCUUCGGGGCAUAUUUGACUGCACCAAGGGCAUCGUAUUCCUGGGCACGCCUCACAGAGGAUCGUGGAUGGCCGACUGGGCCAGGAUACCGGCUUCGGCCCUCGGGAUCGUCAAGUCCACCAACAAGUCGUUAUUAAAGAUCUUGGAGACAGACGACAAGUACCUCCAGUCCGUUCAAGAUCGGUUCUGGUCUAUGGUACGCGAACAGCAGAAGGCCGGCCGGGAUCUUGAGGUUACGUGCUUCUUUGAAGAACUACCCUUGUCUGGGAUCGGAAAAGUCGUCUCCAAGGACUCAGCUACACUUGAGAGUUACAACGCGAUCAGCAUCCACGCCAACCAUAGCAACAUGGUCAAGUUCAGCUCCGCGGACGAUAAUGGCUUUAAAAGGCUACUCGGCGAGCUGAUUAGAUGGGAAUCGCAAAUUAGGAACUCAGCUAUCAGGCAAUCCAGGCGACCGAUAGAAGAGGCCCAGAUGACCAAUUUGCCCUUCAAUAAUUUUGGCCCCGGCGACCAACUCAACGCUCCUGGCGGUACUCAGAACGUCAGCAAAGGCAGUGGCAACCACUUCCCCGGGGCUACUUUCUCUGGACCAGUGCAAUUCGGCAAGGAAGGCUCUCAAGAGGGUGUAUCUGAAGAUGACUAG